UGGGUUUCCGUGGCACCACCGAGGGUUCGGAAUCAUCCGGUCGCGCGAUCUCCCCCCACUUGCCAGCGCUUUCUCGAUCGUUCUCGGCCUCUCGCUCCUCCUCCCAGCCGCCGCCCUCCAUUCGCCGUCGCUUCCGCCGCCGAUAUCCCACCGCCCAGCCAGUUAUUGUAUCUCGCUGCUCCUGUCGAGCUAUCCCACUUUUUUUUUUGUCGAUGGAUCAAGAUAAUUCUAUGAUGGACUCACCUCGACGUAGGCAUGGCCUAUUAAGAGAUCAAGUUCAGUUGGUGAAGAGAAAGGAUUCUGAUCGUUAUGAAAUUGUUCCAAUUCAAGAUCCACUGUCUUUUGAAAAAGGUUUCUUCAUAGUAAUAAGAGCAUGCCAGUUAUUGGCCCAAAAGAAUGAUGGGAUAAUUGUGGUUGGGGUAGCUGGUCCUUCUGGUGCUGGGAAGACUGUAUUUACUGAGAAAGUUCUCAAUUUCAUGCCAAGCAUCGCUGUCAUAUCGAUGGACAACUACAAUGAUUCUAGUCGCAUCAUUGAUGGAAAUUUUGAUGAUCCACGGUUAACAGAUUAUGACACUUUGCUUGAAAAUAUUCGCGGACUAAAAGAAGGGAAAUCUGUUCAGGUGCCCAUAUAUGAUUUCAAGUCAAGCAGUCGCAUCGGAUACAGGACUGUCGAUGUCCCAAGCUCUAGGAUUGUUUUUCUUGAAGGGAUCUAUGCUUUGAGUGAGAAGUUGCGCCCUUUACUUGAUCUACGGGUUUCUGUGACUGGUGGUGUACAUUUUGACCUUGUUAAAAGGGUUUUGCGGGACAUACAGCGUGCCGGACAAGAACCUGAAGAGAUAAUUCAUCAAAUUUCAGAAACAGUUUAUCCAAUGUACAAGGCAUUCAUUGAGCCAGACUUGCAAACAGCACAUAUAAAAAUCUCCAACAAGUUCAAUCCAUUUACAGGCUUCCAGAAUCCAACCUACAUUCUAAAGUCGCCAAGAAGUGUAGCAGUGGAUCAAAUCAAAGCUGUUCUUUCUGAAGAACACAAAGAAGGUACAGAAGAAACCUACGAUAUAUACCUAUUGCCGCCAGGUGAAGAUCCAGAAGCAUGCCAAUCUUAUUUAAGAAUGAGAAACAGGGAUGGGAAGUACAAUCUUAUGUUUGAGGAAUGGGUAACUGAUAGUCCCUUCAUCAUAUCACCCAGAAUUACUUUUGAAGUUAGUGUGCGUCUUCUCGGUGGGUUAAUGGCGCUAGGCUAUACCAUUGCAGCUAUUCUGAAGAGAAGCAGUCAUGUGUUUUCUGAUGACAAGGUGGUUGUAAAAAUUGAUUGGUUAGAACAACUUAAUCGCCAAUAUGUUCAGGUGCAAGGAAAAGAGCGACUGUAUGUUAAGCAUAUAGCGGAGCAAUUGGGUCUGGAAGGUGCUUUCAUUCCUCGUACUUACAUUGAGCAGAUUCAACUUGAAAAGCUCGUGAAUGACGUGAUGGCCCUGCCAGAUGAUUUAAAGACAAAGCUCAGCAUAGAUGAUGAUAUGGUCUCUAGUCCUAGAGAAGCACUUUCACGGGCAUCUGCUGAUAGGGUUGCCAUGAGAAAUAAAUUUCUGAAAAGUGGAAUGUCCCAUUCCUUCUCUACGCAAAGGGAGAAAAAUAUUGCCAAACUCAGACUUGACGUCAACCAGAGAAGGUUCGAGAAACAACCACCUGAGUCACCUGCAAUCAGUCGGGAAGCUGUUAAUCAUCUAUCAGAGCAGAUUUCAGCUCUAAAUGAAAGAUUUGAUGAGUUCAGUUCACGAAUGGAACAAUACAAUAAGAAGUUUAGCUCACAGAGAACUUCUAUGAGCCAGCAGAACUUGGCCCUCCAAGGGGAAGCUUGUAAUGGUUCUGUCCCAACAACAUUGUUUGUGUCUAACUUGGGCAAUGGCACCCUUUUGCCUACCUCAUCAUCUUCUUCCCAACUGAAUAAGGAUUCUCCCCUACUGGAUGAGCUAAUGCUCGUCUCACGGGGUCAGCGGCAAAUCAUGCAUCAACUGGAUAACCUUAACAAUUUGAUGCACGAGCACUUGCCUUUGUUGUCCCAAAAAGGCUUAACUGACAACAGAAGUGGAUCGCUUGACUGGAAUACGCUAGGGGUAUUAGCGAUGGGUUGCAUUGGCAUUUUUCUGUUCAAAAAUCUGAACAGGAAUUAAAAUGAACCCUCAACUUCUUCUAUUUGACAUGAACCUUAGGAUCGUGAUUGAUGACUUUGAGAUAUUAACCUCUUCAUGCUACACAAUUGGUGCAGGGCCUUAGGCUCAGAAGGGAUCUAAUGAAAUCUACCAAGCUAACACACGCUACAAUUUUGCAGGAGUCGUGGUGCACCUCUCUUUAUUUCCCUAUUUUCUUUUUUUGUUUUAGUUUUUUGUUUCUGAAGAGCUACAGUUGAAUUUGUACAUUUCAGACAGCAGAACUUGUAGUUAAAAAAUCAAUGGCACGGAAAACCACUAUUUAUUUAUUUGUCUCAAGUAUCCACGCCACUCUUAUGUGGUUAUGACA